AUGUUUUAUAAGACUGUUUCUGAUAAAAAGGGGACUCCCUCUCCUUUACGUAAAUGUUCUCAAUAUCAUAUACCAAAUACAUACUUCUCAACGAUUAAACAACCUUUAGAGAGAUCAUUUGAACCAAUUGAAAAGUAAAAAACAUUAACUGAUGAAUAACAUGAAAUCUAAAAAUUGCAUUAUGUUAUUGAAUAAUUAAAGGACGAAAAUAAUAAAUUACGUUCUGCAUUGCAAUAAUAAAAUUUAUAAUUUAUAUAUGAAACUCAACAGUUGAAUUAGUAAAUUACUAAUAUGCAUUCAGAGUAACAAUCAAUUAAAUAGAUAUUAAUCGAUAGAAAUAAUGAAAACAAUAAAAUGAUCUAAUAUAUUGAAGAACUGUCUACUUAACAUUAAAAUCUAUAAACUCAAUAUUAAGAUGCUUAUUUAUAAUUGUAACAGGCAGAAAUUUAUUCCAAUUAAAUUAUGUUACUCUAAAAAGAAUUGAAGGGAAAAGCAGAUGAAAUUGAAAUACUGAAAAAUGAACUGUAAAUUACUACUAAAUCUAAUACUGAAUAGUCUGAGAAUCAAAAAAUCUAUGAUUUCCUUAAAAAUGUUAAACAAUAAUAUAUUGAUGAUGAAUGUAGAUCACUAAAUUUAUAUGAUUGA